AUUCCUAUGACUGCCAUGGCUUUAGAGCGAUCGGAGGUGGACACUCGGUCUGCCUUCUUCUCCGUCAAGGAGGCAGUUUCAGUCUUGGGAGGCCGAAUUUUCACGGGAAAUCCUCGUCUUCAAAUUAGCUCAGCUUCCUCUUCACCCCCUUCUCGUUUCGUCCACGAGAAAGAUGAAGUCAUAAUCUUCAACUCACUUAGGAGUUUAGAGAAAGAGUUGAAGGAGACAAAGCGCGAAUUGCUAAGGCUAAAGGAGAGGGAGGCCGAGACCGAGGUGAUUGUUGCCGCUCUCAAAGCCCAACUUAUGAAGAAAGUUCCCGAGUCAAUAGUGGUUGAGGAGGCUAGAGGAGGGAAGAGUCCUAAAGGGGUUCAAAGUGACCGAUGGCAUGAGGAGUUGGAGAACAUAGAGUACUUGCCAACUCUAACUCGAACAUUUAACUUGUGGGAUUUGGAAGACGAUCGAUGGAGGAAGAUGAAAGCACCUAAAAAGAAGAAGCCUAUGAUUCCUCUUAUCAUAGACAUUUUCUCAAAGAAAACAUCGAUUCACAUGAAUAAUUCUUCCAUUUACUCUACCUCUUUUUAUAACGAUCUCAAUUUUUGAGAUAAUUAGCGUGCAAAAUACGUGUAUAUGAAA